AUGGAGCAGACGGCGACGCUCGCGAGCAGCAGGAGGAGCGCGAGGCUCGUCGUGGUCGUGGCGCGGCCGCCACGGCGCCAAGGCCCCGUCGUCAUGUACUGGCCUGCACCCUGCACCCUGCAGGAGGAGAAGAGAAGAGUGGCAGAGGCGCAGAGCCGCAGAGCCGCAGAGCCGCAGGGGAAGCGUGGUGUGGUGCGGAUGGACUGCGGAAGGAGGCUAUUCCCCACAUCAGGUUCUCUGUUAGCAGAAAUUCUAUGGCCUUCCUAG